UAUAACAACGCGCGGCCAACCGAUCGCCACAUUCAUAUUUUUGUUUCGCGACGAACGGCUCUGACAUACGGAUUUAAAAGGCUACAGCAUGUACGGCCUGUGGCAGACGCUGGUGGCGUGGGCGGUGCUGGCGGUGACAUACGCGCAGUCGCCCCGCGAGCUCAUCGGGGCGGUCGGCACCGGGAUACAGAAGGAGAUCGCCGCCGUCAAGCAGCCCGUCGACGAGUCCAUCGCGUACGUGGGCUCGACGCAGUGUGAGAACGUGAAGAAGCUGUUCGGCGUGACGUACGAGCAGCUGGCCGGCGAGCAGGAGCCCGACCUCAACGCACUCACCAUCGUCUUCAAGACCAGGUACGAGACCACAGUGAUGAACAUAACGGAGGCGCCGGCGCGACUGCGUCAGGCGCGCAGCUCUCACGCCGAUGACAAGUUCAUCCUGUACGUGCACGGCUUCACCGACGACCCCACCAAGGACAGCUUCGCCAACAUCAGCCAGUCCUUCCUCGAGAAAGGCUACGCCAGUGUGGUGGCCGUGGACGGCAGCUCGCUGAUCAAGUGGCUGUACAUCCGCGCCACCACCUACAUCCAGUUCAUGGGCCGCAAGUUGGGAGAAGUUCUCGCUUCUGUGGUUUAUGACGGCAUCGACCCGGCCAACAUCCACUUAAUCGGUCACAGUUUGGGCGCCCACAUCUCCGGUUUCGCCGGCAAGACCUUCCGCAAGCUGACCGGGAAGCUGAUCGGCCGGCUGACGGCGCUGGACCCCGCUGGACCGUGCUUCACCCAUGUAGAGCCUGGAAUGAGGCUGAAGAAGGACGACGCCAGGUUCGUGGACGUGGUCCACACUGAUGCUGGAGUUUAUGGCAUCAAGGAGCCCCUUGGCCACAUGGACUUCUAUCCCAACAGUGGGCAGAAGCAGCCCAAUUGCCUGUUCCAGACUUGCUCGCACUCGCGCGCCUGGCUGCUGUUCGGCGAGUCGGUCCUGCGGCCGGACGCCUUCCAAGCCGUCCUAUGCAAGGACUGGGAGCAGUUUCGACAGAGAAAAUGCGAUAAGGAGAUUGUGUACAUGGGGUACGCAGCCAAGCCGGGGCGCCCCGGCAACUACUACCUGCAGACGGGCGAGGAGUACCCGUACGGCCGCGGCGCCAACGGCACCCGCUUCGUCAACAACGAGGCCAUCAUCACCAACAUCGGCAACGGGAUCGGCAACCUGCUAGGAUAAACGCACUAGGACUGACAUACUAGUAUCUAGGUGGAAUUUUCGUGAUGGAAAUCUGACAUCGUUCGUAUAACCAGAAGAGAUAUAAAAACAUAAAUUAUUCAUCAUGGCCCAACCAUGAUGAAUAACCAUGAUUGCAAACCAUUACUGCAAUUUGUAUAGUUGAGUAGUAUGCACGUCGAGCAUGAGCAAAAAAUGUAGAUAAACAUUUAAUUUUACUUAUUUUGUAAUAUAAAGUAUGUAUCUAUCAUGGACCAACGCACAGAGACAAAUAACUUAUAAUUUUUAUGUAUGGUAUUUGUCAGUGAUGGAGCAGCUGAAUACGAGGCACUGUCUCGAAAAUUCCUCUUGGUUAUCUGCUUAGGCCUACUUGCGCCAGUCUAGGUUCAAUCGUUUGUUAAAUAUGAAGAACAAAACUAAAUUUAUGAUAUUCGAUCUACUAUUUACUUUCUCGUAGACAGGCACAUGUGGGCCUACAAACAUAUACUGGACUCGGAAACUUUAUAUUAUCUAGAACAGACUUUAGUAUAUUAUUAUGACCAUUCUAAAUUCUGAACUCCAAAGGUCAGCACAACGAAACCAGACGCGAUAAGGCAAGUCUUAACAAUGCAUGCUUUUACGGAUUGCAUACAAAUAUUUAAAUAACACAUCACCACGUUGCGCCUUGCCUGAUUCAGAGUUGUACAACAAUGUGAUACCAAUAAUGUAUGUAUAAUGCAUUGAUACUCCCCACGUUUUAGUGGAAAUCUAAUUAUUUAUAAUCAUCAUUAUCAUAACAGUAUUUUAGAAAGAUACCUCUAUAUUCAUGUAAGCAAUAAAAUAAUUUAUUACUUUAUAUUUAAAUAGUAUUUGCAGCGUAGUACCACAUUAUAACCAUUUACCAGGAUUAAAUGAAUAAAACAAUAUGAAACAAA